AUGGCCUCAGCUGUUGCAGAGCUCACUUGGCUAGAAGGGUUGUUUGCGGAGCUGAAUGUACCUAUGUCUAAGCCUAUCACCUUGUUUAGUGAUAGCAAGUCAGCUAUACAACUGGCAGCUGAUCCCAUUUUUCAUGAGAGAACAAAGCAUAUAGAGAUUGAUUGCCACUUUUUCAGGGAUAAAAUCAAGAGUGGUUUAGUACACACCCGGUAUAUUCCUACACAUCUACAGAAAACUAUAGUUGAUUUUGGAAAUGCUUCCAAAACGGAGCUCGACAUUCCUACAAAAUUUGACUACUUGCUUAUACUGAUAAGGUGUCUUUCAUUUUCCGACUUGUUUGUGGAUGAGAAUGUUUCUCUCAAAAUUCAUUUUCCAAUUCUUGCCUUUUCUUAUUCUGGAACAACUUGCAGGCAUCCCUCGCAGUGUCUAAGCAGUACAACUAUAAACCUUUUCUCUCUUGCUAAAGAUAGGUAUGUAGUUAUAAAACUUACGGACUCUUACAAGUUACAAGUCCUAAUGUCGUUUGUGUUGGGCGAUACAAUAAAUACAGGGUUAAAGAAUAAACGAAUCGACUGCAACAAAAGGGACUCAUCUUUGCUUGGUUUCCAGGAUGAGUCAAGAGCUCGAGGAAGGCAAUGA